AGACCAUUGUCAGCUGGACAAUGUAGAAAGUCCACAAAUGAAAUGUCUCUGCAAGCAAGGCCACCUUCAGCAGGUGAUCCUGGAGGUAAUGAUCUAAAAGCACAUUUUAACAAGAGACCAGCUAGUGCUGGUUGCAAUGGUGCUCAAAAAAGAAGAUCAACCAACAUUCAUAAUGCUGUGGAUACCCAUGGUAGGACUACAUGCAGAAAUGCAGGGACCGUACCCAGGCACCUCAACACUACAAUGUGCCCAGAACCCAGGAAACUAAAAAACAUGACAACAGACGGUGAGAAUUCGAUGUGGAUCUUCCUUCCUGAUGAACUUUGGAUUUACAUUCUCUCGAUGCUUUCCCAUGAAGACCUUUCACAUUCAGCUCAAGUUUGUCACCACUUCAGAAGGCUGGCAAAUGAUAAAACACUCUGGGAGGUUAUUCGGAUUGAAAACAGCAUGUGCUUGAAUGACAACUGGCUCUCUAGCAUAGGCAGACAUUGCCCGCAGAGCCUCACACUGUACAGAUGUCACGAUGAAGUUAAAUCCAUGACAGACAAUGGACUACAGGAACUAUUUAGACAAUGCAAGGACUCUCUUAAGGAACUGAAUAUUACCAGUUGCAGUGGGCCAAAACUCAAUGGAGACUCUGUAUUGUUCCAUGCCAGCACAUACUGUGUUCACCUGAUAUCAGUGGACAUCAGCUGGACAGGAGCCACUGAUAAUGGCAUCAAAGCUCUUGUUCAAGCUAGUAGGAGCCUCCAGUGCCUGUCAGUUAAUGGCUGCCAGAUGACGGAUGAUGCUCUUAAUUCUCUGGUUAAAAAACAUGGGAAAAGGUACAGUAUUUAUUGUUAUUCCCUGCUGGCGUUGCACAUACCUGGCAAUAGGAAUAUUGUGGAGAUGGCUGUCUGCUUAUGAAAGAACGAUCACACUAAUAUCAGAAAACAUGAAUGGACUGCUAUUCAUCAGUUUGUAUAAGAGUACCAAAUGUGACUGAAAAAAUGUGACACAAGUGCAAUACACAAUGCAAUAGAAGCUUUAAUUACAUCAGUAAGCUAUGUAAAAGUUGAUUUCUACAAAAGGGUCAAAAUAAGUAUUGUACAUGCGCCAAUCAUGCCAAUAUAGCUACAUGAAUACUGUAAAGGAUGUUCACCAAACUACUAAAAUAAUGUAUAAGGCAAAACUUAUGUUGCUGAUAAAGAGACAUUAUAUUACUGUAUAUGAAGCUCUGGGUUUUUUUUCAUAUAGACCAAAACAAUUUACAUUCCAUUGUAUAC